UCUAGGGCUUACAUAUUCAUUUCGCCGUUACUCUCUCUUCUUGACCUCGAAAGACAAGGGCAACUCAAGAAAUGUCUGGCUCUUACGGCUACGGAGGUGAUGGACAUGGUGAUGGAGGCGGCGGCGGUGGUGGAGGUUACGGCGGAGGUGUUGAUGGUGGAGGAUAUGGCGGUCGAAGGGGUGGCGGAAGCUAUGGAAGCAGAGGAGGUGGUUCUGGAGGAUACGGUGGAAGAGGGGGCGGUGGAAGCUAUGGUGGCGGUGGUGGUGGUGGUGGAUAUCAAGGAGGAGAUCGUGGUGGACGAGGUGGAGGUAACAGAGACAGUGGGCGCGGAAGUGGGAGAGAAGGAGACUGGCGUUGCUCAGAUCCUGGCUGUGGAAAUAUGAACUUUGCAAGGAGAAUGGAGUGUAAUAAAUGUGGUGGACCUGCUCCAGCCGGGUCUGGUGACCGUGGAAGUGACAGUGGUGGAAAUUAUAACAAGAACGGUGGUGGAGGUUAUGAUGGUAACCGUGGUGGAAGAGGUGGUGGUUAUGAAAGUGGAAGAGGGGGAGGUAGAGGUGGUUCUUAUGGUUCUGGUCGUGGAAGAGAUGAAGGCGGAUAUGGUCAAGCCCCUGCACAGGCACCUCCGUCUUAUGGGGGACCAAGUGGCAAUUAUCCCCCACCACCUCACUCUUAUGGUGGGAACCGUGAAUAUGCUACAGAUGCAGUUCCCCCUCCAACGAGCUAUACUGGUGGGCCCACUUCUUAUCCUCCAUCUUAUGGUGGUGAUGCUGGUAGAGGUGGACGUGGGGGUCCAUCUGGUGGUUACAGUGGCGGUCAACGAAACACUGGAGGUGAUUAUGGUGGUGGUGCACCUGUGGAAGCUGCUGCUGCCAAGGUGAAGCAGUGUGAUGACAAAUGUGAUGAUUCUUGUGAUAACUCAAGAAUAUACAUUUCAAACCUGCCUCCAGAUGUCACUACUGAGGAACUGCAAGAACUUUUUGGAGGCAUUGGACAAGUUGGAAGAAUCAAGCAAAAGCGUGGCUAUAAGGACCAAUGGCCUUGGAACAUUAAAUUAUAUACAGAUGAUCAGGGAAAAAACAAGGGGGAUGCUGUAUUGUCUUAUGAAGACCCUUCUGCAGCGCAUUCUGCUGGAGGUUUUUACAAUGAUUAUGAUUUGAGAGGCAAUAAAAUAGGAGUAGCUAUGGCUGAGAAGACUGCUCCAAAGGCUGCUCCUGCUUAUGGCUCUGGGGGCGGUGGAAGGGGAGGCUACGGAGGCGGUGGUGAUAGACGUCAUCGAGAUGGUGGUGGUCCAGAUAGAAAUUAUCACGGUGGAAACCGUUCUCGCCCAUAUUAAAGUUCAAAUAAAGAAGUCUUAUGUACUAAAAUUACGGUUGAAGAGAGAUUUCAUUAUAUUCCAUUCCCUCUCUUGUGUUGUCAACAAUUGGAGACAAAGAGGUAGGUUGCGUUCACAUCGGAGCAAUACCCCCCUUUUUUCUCUUUUAGUUUGGAGUGUUUAGAUAUUUUUGUUGGGAUUGAUUGAUUGAACUAUUUCAAUGUUUUUGAUAGAUGAAUGUGGAUAAUGGAUAUUCUCCAAAUUGCUGCUAAGGUAGGUUGAAUUUUCAGGUGAGUGCGUUAAAGCCAAAAAUAGAACAUAAAAUCUUAUGUUUUAGCUUUUCUUUUAGGUUUGAUAUUUAUGUGGGAGAGGUUUGGAUGUAGCAAAGGAUUUUCUGAGGCAUUUGUUUAACUUAAACUCUUUUUCAAUCUACCAUGUCUGAUCAGUUAUGGUUUAGAGGGAUUAUAUAGUUGGUAUUAAGCGCGAUGUGAUACAUAAUGAUUUACACUAGUAGAAUGUUGUCCUUCUUGAGAAUUUGGACAAUUGGUCUUCUAUGUUUAAUAACCAAUGAGAAUGAAUACAUGAAUUUAAGGUA